CACUUCCGGUGACGUGGCUCCUCUGGAAAAGUGGAAGCCGUGGCAGGAAUGUUGGCUGGAGCAAACAAGUAGUUAUCUGCAGCAUCAGCUGGAGAGUGGAACAACGGCUCUAUCUAGCCUGCCUCACGGAGCUGGAUGGCAGGGACACACUGGUGCAAGAACUUCAGGAAUCACAACAGGGUGCUCUCUGGAACGAGGGACGGAUGAAAUCAGGAGGUGGUAGGCCCAGCUGGGCGUUGGCUGCACUGUUCACUGGUGUUGCCCUGCUGGUCGUCUCAUCCAGAGGGGCAUCCAGUGGUAAGAAGAUGUCCCAGGCAGCCAUGGCUCAUGCCACAGCCACAGCUGCUGGAUCAGGCCCAGGGCUUCCAGAUGAGCUCCUAGGCUUCCGGGCCUUAGCCGACUUCUUUGCAAGUGAACGUGCCGAUGUCUGGCUCUGCUCUCUGGUUGGGUCUGUUGCUAUAGGCCUCACUGGGAUUUUCCCCCUUCUUGUUAUUCCUAUUGAGGCAGGAGAGGCCCUCAAGACAGUGGCUGGCUGUCGGAAGCUAAAGCAGCUUCUGAGCUUUGCCAUUGGUGGUCUGUUGGGUGACGUGUUCCUCCACCUGCUCCCGGAGGCUUGGGCACAUUCCCACUCCUGCAGCCCAGAUGAGAGCCAGCUCCACUACAGGACCCAGGGCCUGUGGGUUAUCAUGGGCAUGCUGUCCUUCCUUCUCCUGGAGAAUAUGUUCCCAGAUGAGAACAACCAGGAGGACUCCAUUGGUAACAGCCAGCAUGUCCCUACCUCCCAUAGCUCAGACUCCAGUAGUGAGGCGUUGUCCCACAUCAAUGGGCACCAUUCUGAUAUGUGGAGCUCGCCCUGCAAGACAAAAAGCAGCUUGCAGCAAGUGCCAAAAAAAAUAAAGACGAGUGGGUACCUGAACCUACUGGCCAACUGCAUUGACAACUUCACCCAUGGCCUGGCUGUGGCAGGGAGCUUCCUGGUCAGCAGGAAGGUUGGGUGUCUCACCACCUUUGCCAUCCUGCUCCAUGAAAUCCCCCAUGAGGUGGGCGACUUUGCCAUCUUGCUGCGUGCAGGGUUUGACCGCUGGAGUGCCGCCCGCAUGCAGCUAUCCACCGCCCUGGGAGGGGUGCUGGGGGCCUGUUUCGCCCUGUGCGCCCAGUCUCCCAGAGGGACAGAAAAUGCAACAGCGUGGAUCUUACCAUUCUCCUCGGGAGGCUUCCUGUACAUAGCCCUGGUCAACGUGGUGCCUGACCUUUUGGAGGAGACUAGCCUCGGACACUCCCUGUUGCAGAUCCUGCUCCUGUGCUGUGGCAUUGCCGUCAUGGCCGUCUUGUCUGCCGUAGUGAAUUGAGCUCAAAAGACAUGUCUGUGUUACCAAAAUAUAAUUGAAAACAUCACAGCAACAUUCACUGGACUGGGAAACAAUCCCCCUUUCUAUACAGUUUUAAGUCCUCAGAUUGUACUCCAUUGCCUUUUUUUUUAUGGAACUAUUUUUAAUACUCCACCUAGUGCCAAAACAUCCUAUCAUCAACAUGGAAGUGAUCUGGCAAUCAGAACGGCACCUUGAAUCAUGAUACUUGCUUUUUCUAUCAGGACUCUAGACCAACUGUGUCCACCUUGUCUGCUGAUCUCUGACUACUGUCUGUGUGGACACUAAUGUGCUAAACCCAGAGACAGACAUUCUGAAAUUGCAGGAGAGCCAAAGAAAGCUUGUUGAAGCUUUCAUGGAAGUGACUGGACUAUCUGAGAGCAUCAGACCAUAAUGGGCAGACACUGUCUCAUUCUGUUCUAUUCCAUGUAUGCACAUACUCACAGGUCUUUUCAGACACAUAUGAGCAGCCCAUGCAUACUGUAUAAACUUAAUCUCACAUGGCUUUACCAUACUAAAAUGCAUACACAUUUCCUUACAUUCUUCAAAUUGUAUGCUCAUGUGUUGCUUUUUAUUUGUUUUCCUCUUUCAGGCUAAUUUAUAUUUAUUGUAUCUUAUUGGUUUCUGUAUCUGCUUGUACUGCCUCGUAUUUAUUGAAGUAUUUCAGAAAGUAACAUGGCGCAAUGUGUUUGGCAAUGUCAAAUUCUGUUAUGAUUUCCAUCACACACACACCAUUUGCUUUUUGUGUAGGGUUAAUCUGUUACACCAUAUUUUUGCUUGAAUAUACAUCAAUGUAUUUUCCAUUGUAUACAAUGCUAAUUUUGAUGAGACACUCAGACAGAUAUAUUUGGAACUUCUUAAUUAUGAGAGCUUAAUUGUUAAGGAAAAUAUGAUUUAGAAAUGUAAUAAAAUAUUUUUGUGUGGUCUUGAUUUUACUAUAGACAGUGCUUUCAGGAAGUAUUCACACCCCUUGAUUUUUUUUCACACUUUUGUUUCAAAGUAAAUAAAUAUAUAUAUGAAAAUUAAA